AACCCACUAGCCGCGGGGAGAGAGAGUUGGUCCCUUCGAUCUUCUUCUCUCCGGCUUUGUGGAUGAAGAUGAGCCCUACGUAAGCUUUGAACCAAGGAAAGAGAAUAAACCCUGAUCCCCAAAAUCAUGUCUCUCUCGCUUUUCUCGCAUGUCUCUACCUCUCUCUCCUUCAAUGUUUCCGUCAUUACCGCUUCUAAUUCGUCUCUCCGUCCUCUCCCCUGUAUAUAUCACCACAAAGGCACGCAUGGAACGGCAUCGACUUGGGUUUUCCGCGGUUUCAGAGGCUCGGUGAGCUUCGGAAUGAAUUCCAUGGCCGAAAAGAGGCAAUUGGGUUUCUGGGUUUCUGAUGUAUGUAGGUAUGGUAGGAGAAGUAACAGUAAUGGAGGUGAUUUUGAUGAUGCGGAUGAAGGCGAAGAAGAGGAGAACGAUGUAGUUGGUGAUGAGAGCGAAGAAGAUGAGGAAGAGAUCGAAGGCGGAGAUGUUUCUUCCUCUUCCUCGCCUGAGAGAUGGGAUGUUUUGGGUCUCGGACAAGCCAUGGUAGACUUUUCCGGUGUUGUGGACGAUGGAUUUCUAGCGAAACUGGGUUUAGAGAAGGGGACGAGGAAAGUUGUGAAUCACGAGGAAAGGGGUAAAGUAUUGCAAGCAAUGGAUGGAUGUAGCUAUAAGGCGGCGGCUGGAGGGUCUUUAUCAAAUACUCUUGUGGCAUUGGCUAGAUUAGGUGGCCGGUCUGUCGCCUUUAAAUGUAGUGAUGGCCCUCCUUUAAAUGUAGCGAUGGCAGGAAGUAUAGGAGGCGACCCUUUGGGCAGCUUUUACAGGACUAAAUUACUUCGAGCCAAUGUAAAUUUUCUUUCUGCGCCAAUCAAGGAUGGAACGACAGGAACAGUGAUAGUUCUUACAACCCCCGAUGCACAACGUACUAUGCUUGCGUAUCAGGGAACAUCUUCAGCUGUUAAUUAUGAUUCUUGUUUGGCUAGUUUAAUAUCCAAGACAAGCAUAUUUGUUGUGGAAGGCUACUUGUUUGAAUUGCCCGAUACGAUAAGGACCAUAACAAAAGCAUGCCAAGAAGCUCGUAGAUGCGGAGCCCUUGUUGCCGUGACAGCGUCAGACGUAUCUUGCAUAGAGAGGCACUACGAUGAUUUCUGGAACAUCGUGGGUAACUACGCAGACAUUGUGUUUGCAAAUAGUGACGAGGCGAGAGCUUUCUGUGAUUUCUCCCCCGAGGAAAGUCCCAUCUCGGCCACGAGGUACCUAAGCCACUUUGUCCCGUUUGUUUCCGUAACCGAUGGCCACAAAGGGUCAUACAUCGGCGUAAGAGGAGAGGCCAUAUAUAUACCGCCUUUUCCGUGUGUGCCCGUUGAUACUUGCGGGGCUGGAGAUGCGUAUGCGUCGGGAAUCCUAUACGGUAUACUAAGAGGGGUUUCUGAGCUAAAGGGGAUGGGAAACUUAGCCGCUAGAACCGCGGCCACGGUAGUUGGACAGCAAGGGACGAGGCUGCGGGUUCAGGACGCUGUCCAGCUCGCUCAGUCUUACACAUUCCAUUCGAACAGCUCGGGCGUACGGAAAGACGUCGGGUCUGAUCCGAUCUCGAGCUUGUGAUCGGUGGCCGUGGCCGUGUAAUGGCUUUAUUCUUUCGUCUACUUGGUGUUUGGUCAUUUGUUAUCAAUGUUAUAAUCUCACUCAAUGUAGAUUGGGAAUAGUCACUCCCCCAUUAUGUAAGCAGAGAGAAUGUAGUUCUAUAAGCUUAGGUUCUCUUUUUUAAAUUUUUUUUAUUUAACUAGUAGUGGGGUGUUUGUUUCAAUUCAAUUUUUAUCCGUUCUUUUA